GGGGCAUAUAUAUAUUAGUCAAAAGAGGAGCUGAGCUUCAAUUCUAUAGGUAGCUUAGCUUAGCUAGUAGGAAUGAAGAAUCAUCAGGAGCCACGCUCAAGCUCAUCCUGCGCCGCCUGCAAGUUCUUGAAGCGCCGCUGCGUCCCCAACUGCCAAUUCGCGCCCUAUUUCCGCUCCGACGAGCCCAAGAAAUUCGCCAAAGUCCACAAGGUCUUCGGCGCCAGCAAUGUGAGCAAGAUCCUCAACGAGGUCCCCGAGGAGCAGCGCGAGGACACCGUUAAUUCCCUCGUCUACGAGGCCGAGGUUCGACUCAGGGACCCUGUCUACGGCUGCAUUGGCGCCAUCGCCUCUCUCCAGCGCCGCAUGGCUGAGCUCCAGAAUGAUCUCGUCCUCGCCAGAGCUCGCCUCGCUUUCUACGCCACCGCUAAUCCCCCCACGGCCCCGGCUUCCUCUUCAUCUUCCUCCUCCUUCUUUAAUUAUGAUCCCAAUUUGCCCUCCUCUUACCUCGAUUUUCAACCCUCCGGUGGCUUCUCCGGCAACUAUGAUCACCAGAAUUCUCUCAUCCUUGAUCACACCGGAUCACUCAAUCAAUUCGGCCAAUUCCCAUUCCCUUAAUUAAUCAAUAUUCCCUCUGUGUAGUCCGCUCAAUUAGUUUUUGGGUGACAGAUUGUGUUCGAGUAAUAUCUGGUCGGCUCAGCUAGUUUUUGGGUGACAGAUUGUGUUGGGGUAAUAAUAUUUGGAGGGCCAUGGCCAGAAUGGCAUUGGGACUUCAUGGUACUUAGUUUAAUGUAAUUAAUUAUAUUAUUUAUAUGGAACAGAGAUUGUGGUGAAAUCAUUAGCCACAAAUCCUUAAGUAUUCAAGCUGAUUAGUUCAAGAA